UUCUUAUCUGUGACACCAGUGUCCGGAUCCCGGCCCAGAAUCACAGCCCGUCCAUCUUCCAGGGCGAUCCGAGCUCCAGAGGCGCCAACCAGCGUGCAGGACAUUCGAACAAGCGGCCACAGAGAGGUAGAGCUCCUUGUGUGUCACCCGCCUUCAAAAACUAUUGAGCUGCACCGGAAAGUCAUCUUGCAGAAAUACUGUGAAGUCAAAUCUGCUGGCACAACUUGCCCUCAAUCUUCAUCAUUCUUCAGAGUAUAAAUCCUCUACACUAUGUCGUCCAACCAAUCAUUCAAAAGCCAACAUGAAGAAGCCUACAUGUCUCUGAUGCGAGGCAUGAAGGAGCUGGACCUACAGGGACCCUGUGUUCCCAGUGACCUGUUGCUGAUCGGAGACCAUGCCUUUCCUUUAGCAAUGAACAGCCGAGGUCAGGUGCUGAUGGCUGCCUCUCUGUACGGCAGUGGAAGGAUUGUGGUCCUGGGUCAUGAGGGCUACUUGACAGCCUUUCCUGCUCUGGUAGAAAAUGCUCUGACCUGGCUGAGAGGUGAUGGCUCUGAUAACCUCUCUGUAGGGGUGCACAGAAAUGUCAGUGCAGUUGCUAAUAGCCUCCAAAAAUCCAGCUUCCAAGUAGAAGUUGUGGGAGCUUUCAGUGACAAACUGGGAGUUGGUGUUUAUGUGACCGAUGCCUACAGCGUGGGCUCAGACCCAGUGGAGCUUGUAGCAUUUCUGAAAGCUGGAGGAGGGGUGCUGAUAGCUGGGCAGGCGUGGAGUUGGGCUGCAGAUCACCCCAAAGAGAACGCACUGCAUCAGUUUGAUGGGAAUAAAGUGUCAGGAGUGGCAGGAAUCUACUUCACUGAGCGUUGUGGUGAAGUGGAGAACCUGCCCGUCUACCCUCAGAUCCCGUCCUCCUGGAUGUCUGUGGUCUUGGGUAAGGAUUUUGAGGACGACUUGCAGUUCUUACUCCAGGGGGUUUCGGAGUUCCAGGUCCCGUCUAAUUUAACUGCUUCGGAGGUUUUAGUCCAUGGACCGCUAGCAUUUCCCAUCGCGACCACAGGUGAUGGACGGGCGUUCCUGGCAGGAGGCUACUAUGGACAGGGACGAGUGAUUGUGGCUACACAUGAAGGAUUUCUGGGACUUGAGAGUAUGGCUCCAUUUUGGCAAAAUGCCAUUCACUGGUUGGAUGAAGGCCGCAGAGGGGUUGUUGGUGUCAUGAAUAUAGAUGCUGCAAUCAAAAUUCUCAGCAAGUCAGGGCUGAAGUGUGAGAAGACAAAAUUCAGGAAAGACCACAGCGUGUUUGUGUGUAAAGCGUAUAUCACUGAGCAUUUGGAGGAAAUCCAAAACUUUGUGGCAGAGGGAGGAGGCCUGCUGAUUGGAGGACAUGCCUGGUACUGGGCACAGACACAUAGUGGGCAAAAUCCACUUACAGAAUUCUCAGGAAACAAGAUCUUAAAUCAAAUGGGAUUGAGCCUGUUGGGAGCAACAAUCAAAGGAGGAACAUACAAAUCUCUCGUACCCAGCCAGGCUAUUAAGGACAGCUACCACUUCCGCCACCUUCUAUACCGCUUUGCUGCUCAUGUGACUGCAGGUGAAAAACUUAGCAAACAUGAGGAGGGAUGUCUGAAAAAGCUGGGCAACGACUGCAAUGCCUACUUGCAGAUGAAAGCCCAUGACUGCUCCCACUACCGGCAAGUGUUGGCCACACUCACUGACUUAUUAAAGAGGUCAGGCCUGCCACAGGUGAGUGAAAAAAGCCCUGUAAAGAGUCCCAAAGACCACCUCCUCCUCGCUGUGGGUACCCAGGUAUAUAAGGUUUGCCCAGAUCCCGAUGCCCUCCUGCCCUAUCUUAUCAAGGACAACCCAAUGAUGCCUGUUGUCUAUAACCACCGGAUCAAGGUUGAUGUUGAUACAGCAGAUAAGGAAGAGUGGAUCAGUACAGGUCUCUACCUCUCUCCUGGUAUGAAGACCUACAUCGCUAUACCACCUCAGAUUGUCAAAAAGAAUUGGAAGAUUCAGAUAGGAUGUCAAACUGAUUCUCUGCACAAGAACGAUGUCCUGAAGAGACCACCGUCUGUCCAUGAGCGAUUUCCUGUCACCUCAGAGAUGAUACAAGUCUGGAACCUUUGGGGAGGACUCAUCUACCUGGUGGCCCCACCCAAAACACAAGUGAAGGGGUUGGAGGUCACAGCACAGAUGGCUGUACCUGCUCCAUAUUAUAAGACUGGUGUAACAACUGCAGCUGAGUGGUCGUCGCUGCGCACAGCUCCUUCACCCUGGGCAGAGUUGGAGUUUGAAAACAUCAUCCUCACCGUACCAUCAGAUGCUGUUCGAGGUCUGGAGCGCCCUGACAAGGUGGCUGCUCUGUGGGAUGAAAUCAUGAGGGCCAUUGCAGAUCUGGCUGCCAAACCACACAAAUUUCCCCGCAAGGAGCGCUUUGUGGCAGAUGUGCAGAUUUCUCACGGUAAGUGCAUUUUGCCUCAUGUUGUACAGUACACACCUGCCUAUUAUUUUCUUAUCAUACACUCAACAAAAAUAUAAAUGCAACACUUUUGU